AUGGAGGACUUUGAGCAUGCGCUGAGAGCAUUUGUGGAGAUGACGGAGGAUCCAGAGCCCGGCAAGGACCAAGAGCCCAGCGGCGAUCCAGACACGGCGAUUUCGCAGAUGGAUUUGGACUGGGAACUCAGCAAGACUCUCGACGGCAUGCAGACCCCGAUGGAAAUUGACGGCGCACCCCUCGAGUUGACUCCAGCGCCGCCUCCAGACCAGGCAUCUGCUCUGCAGGGUUCCACACCGCAUGAGCUUGUCGUUAGUGUUCUGUAUCAGCUGGAACUGGACGAACUCGUUCGGGGACACAGCGUCACCGAAACAGGAGCAGCCCCCAGCCCAGCAACAGCCAGCGUUGAACCCCAAACGGCGACGGCACCGCGGCAGUCCAACAAGAAGAAGAAGAAGAAGAAGAAGAAGAAGGAGAAGAAGAAGAAGAAGAGGAAGAAGAAGAAGACCACGCCAAGCUCCGCCCCGAAAACCAGGAAUGUCGACGCGCUCCCGACACCUGCGCUCUUGAAGGACGCCUUUAAGGCGGCGUACAAGACUGUCACACAAACUGUGGGAUCAAUCAAGGCAUGUCUACGACGCGGGAUUGACGGUCAUGGAGUAAGUGAUGAAGAGAUCACCAUCAUCGCGUCCCGUCUCGAGUCCGCCGCCCACUUGAUGGCUGACACAAGGGAGAGCGAGGGUUCUCAGAUUACGGACCCGUUGGAUUUGUUGUUGAGCAAAGCGCCAGGAACGUUUCUCAUUAGGAACCUUGCCACGCUGAUCCUUGACGGGAGGCUGGGGAAAAGGACGAGGCAGGAUGUCAACGGCAUCGCGGCCCGCAACCUCGCUCAGCGUACGUACGAUCGGUACAAGGAGAUCGCUCACGGAUUGCGCUCGCUCAACACCACAUCAAUCAACAUGGGGGAUAACGUCAUGGAGUUUGGUUUGAGUGUGUUUGUCCCAGUCCAGACACACUCCAAAAAGUCGCCAACACCAUCGUGGCCAAGGUACUUUCGACACGCUUCCACUGUGUAUUGCUUUGAGAUGAAGAAGUUAGGCUGGGAUGAUAGCAAGAUUCCUCGAUUGCCUGGUGAGGACAAGGUUGAGAACGCCAACGGUCACUCACUCGACCAUGAGCUGGAAGACGAACUGGACGAGGACGGAUGCUCGGAUAUCCAGCCUGUCCCUCCAGAGUUUCCGAUCAACAACCAGUCCUCUUCAAGAUACGCCAUCAACAACUUUAUACGGACAGGUGGAUUGCAGCUGCAGGUGUUGGCGUACGACAUGAGAUCUCGUUACCAGUCCGCCUUCGCUAUCGACCCGGUCAUGCGCAUGGAGAAGGUCUUGCCUGAUCAUGCCACGAUCAUGCGGAUCGUCAAUGGUCAGAUCCCCAAAUGCAUUGGCAGGGACCCUGGGGAACUGGUAACAGCAGCACUCUACAUGGUCCAUCAUGCUCACAAUUGGGACCGGCAACCCGAAGCACAGGAUCCACCGGUCUCCAAUCUCUUGAUUCGCCGGCCUUCGCUCUACUCCCCAACCACAAGUGCAAGGGCCGAACGCGAGAGGAUCAAGAACAGGCCUCCAGCAGCUCAGGCAAUCGAAGCCAUCACCGGUGAUCUUCGGGUCCGGGAGCAGGAUUCGACAGCAGCCAUACUACGGCUCCCCUCGCUUGCGGAUAUUGAGAGUGCAGGAGCAGUGCACGGUGGACGAGAUCGGUGGGCAGAGAAGAGGGCCAAGCGGGCGGAACUGGACAUGGCAGUGGAUGCCAUUCUCAGAUUUCUAGAGUAUGUGGGUCAUGUGGUCGUCCUGGUUGACGAGUACCUUACCUCGAGUAUGUGCCCCAGUUGUGCGGCUCAUGACGUCCGGUCCAGAGUUGCCAAACCUACCCAGCGGUUGUGUGUGUGCCUUGAGUGCGGUCGGUGGAUCAACCGAGAUUCUGUCGGAGCGUACAAUAUUGCGAUUGCCGAACGCUGGAUGACCCCUGCAACCCUUCACAAUUGUAACGUUCACGAACUGAACAUUGUCAAGAUUGCCGUUAUUGGCGGAAGUGGACUCUACAACCUCGAGGGUCUUACCCACGUCGCCGAGGUCAACCCCGACACUCCUUGGGGAAAGCCUAGCGAUGCUAUUACCAUCGCCAAGACCGCCUCGGGUCUCCACAUUGCAUUCUUGGCCCGCCACGGCCGUGGUCAUUACUUGACCCCCUCCGAGGUCCCCGCACGCGCCAAUAUUGCGGCCCUCAAGUCCCUCGGUGUUGAAGCCAUCAUUGCCUACUCUGCCGUCGGAUCCCUCCGUGAGGAGCUCAAGCCCCGCGACUUUGUCCUCCCCUCGCAGAUCAUUGACCGCACCAAGGGUAUCCGCCACUCGACCUUCUUUGAAGACGGUUUGGUCGCUCAUGCCAUGUUUGCCGACCCCUUCUCCGCAGUCCUUGAGCAAGUGAUUUGGGACCAGCGUGGCGUGAUCGAGGGCGGAGAUUUCCACCGUCAAAAGACGUUGAUCUGUAUGGAGGGACCUCAGUUCUCAACGCGUGCAGAGUCGCACAUGUACAGAUCGUUUGGUGCUGAUUUGAUCAACAUGAGUGUCCUCCCCGAGGCCAAGUUGGCCAGAGAGGCCGAGAUUGCCUACCAGAUGAUCUGCAUGUCGACGGAUUAUGACUGCUGGAAGGAGCAUGAGGUUGCGGUGACGGUUGAGGCCGUCGUUGCGAACUUGAAGGCCAACUCGGACAAUGCUCAGAGGUUGUUGGCGGCUAUUUUGCCUGGGUUGGAGGAGGUGGUUGAGAACGGCAAGGCAGCGGAGGGUUUGAAGGGAAGCAUGAUGUUUGCGUGUAUGACUGCUCCUGAGAGACGUAGUAAGAAGGCUGUUGAGAAGUUGGAGUUCUUGCUUCCUGGAUACUAUGCCGUUUAA